AGCCAAAAAAGUGACAUCCAAACAAAGCCUUCUCUCAUAUUUCUCCUUAUAAAAAAGCCAGCUCGUGCAAUUCUCUUACCCUUUUGUUUUGCUCUCUCGCUCGUAAUCGAACAAUCUCAUCCUCACAGUUUCGUAUUCUUCCCGAUCUCACCACCACUAGCAAUCAUGAGUGAUGAAGGAGAAAGGACUUGUCCUCUUUGUGCUGAAGAGAUGGAUUUGACAGAUCAGCAAUUGAGACCAUGCAAAUGCGGCUACCAGAUUUGUGUCUGGUGUUGGCAUCACAUAAUGGACAUGGCUGAGAAGGACGAGACAGAGGGACGGUGCCCUGCAUGUCGAUCUCCAUAUGAUAAGGAAAAGAUUGUCGGGAUGGCUGCAAACUGUGAGAGAUUGGUGGCUGAAGUUCAUAUGGAAAGAAAGAUGAAGAGCCAGAAAGCAAAGUCGAAAUCAUCUGAUGGACGGAAGCAGCUCAGCAAUGUGCGAGUUAUCAGGCGGAAUCUUGUUUACAUAGUGGGAUUGCCUCUCGAUCUGGCUGAUGAAGAUCUUCUCCAGCGGCGGGAGUAUUUUGGUCAAUAUGGGAAGGUCUUAAAAGUUUCAAUGUCUCGAACGGCAGCUGGUGUUGUUCAGCAGUUUCCGAACAAUACAUGUAGUGUAUAUAUUACUUAUUCAAAGGAAGAAGAAGCAAUUCGAUGUAUUCAAAAUGUACAUGGGUUUGUUUUGGAGGAUAGACCUUUAAGGGCUUGUUUUGGAACAACUAAAUAUUGUCAUGCAUGGCUCAGAAACAUGCCUUGCAGCAAUCCGGAUUGUGUAUAUCUUCAUGAGAUUGGCUCUCAAGAAGACAGUUUCACAAAAGAUGAAGUAGUUUCCGCAUACACUAGAAGUCAUAUUCAACAAAUUACUGGCGCUGUAACCAAUAUGGAACGGCGGUCGGGGAAUGUAUUGCCUCCUCCUUUGGAUGAUUGCACAAGCAACACUUCAGGGAAACCCACUGUAAAAAAUUCUUCAAGUCAGAACUCUGUUGGCACUGCAAGAGGUUUGCCUCCUAAUGGAAUUCCUGCAAAGCCUAUGGCUCCCCAUGCUGCAUGGGGUUUGCGGGCUACAAAUUGUCAGCCAGCUGCUGGCGGUCCAACCGGACUAUCCAAGCCCAAGCCUGAUUCAAUCAGCAGCACUCUACCUUUCUCCUCGGCUGUUGCAGGCACAGUUCAAGUUUCAUUGCAGAGUGAUACAAUGAAGAGGCCUUUGUCAAGUGAUGGGCGUCAUAGUAUAAUGCCUGGAGCCAAAAAUAAUUGUGUGGAUGUCCUGGCGAAUGUGGGCGAAAAAACACUGGCUUCUGAUGUUUCUUCUGCUCCCGUGAAUUUGAACACCCAGCUGUCAUUAGCCAGAGAUAGUUGCCGAGGGUGUUGUACAACAUCAAACACAACAAAGUCUAUUGACGUCACAACAAAUUCAAUUGGCAGCUUUAGCCGUAGUGAAGCAAUUACUGCUACCAAUGAAGAGAUUCAAAAUUUGUCCAGCGAGGUGUCUUCUAUUGACCUUGAUAGAAAUGCCCAAAAUGAACAUUACAACAUAACCAAACCUAGCAGCCCAGCUCCUGAUGAUGCAUUGGUUAAGUCUAUGCAAUCUCAAGGAUCAGAAUAUAAUGUUGACAAAUAUAGAGACGAAAUAAUUACAAAUGCAGACAGUAAAGCCUCUAUAUCAGAUAAUAAGGUCUGUAAUUCAAAGGAACAAUAUGAUUUGAAAUUGGAUUCUCAAUCUGAGGUAGCAUCAGGUUAUGUUGAACUAGAGGAUGAUGUGACAUCUUUUGAUAGUCAGAGACUUAAGGAUCCAGAAGUUGUUUGUAAUUCUUACUUGCCCAACUCAUCUUUCCCUCGCGUCGCAAGUCAUAAUAAUCCUCAUCCUCUGUCGCAUGGUGAACCUUGUAAUGUUGUAAAUGCUGGUUCUUUAGCCACAGAUAAUGAAGUUGGGUUUCAACCACUGUUACAUGGAUCUAAAGCAUUAUGCAAUGGCUAUUCUGAGAAAUUCGACAGCACCAGCUCUUACAGGUUGCUUCGUGAUGAAAGGAAUGAUCAUCACAUUGGAAGAUUAAUUAGUGAAGCAGUUAAUAUUGGAGGUGAUGCUGCUACAGAUAAGGGAGAGAGUAGUAUAAUUUCAAAUAUAUUGUCCAUGGAAUUUGAUGCCUGGAAUGACUCGGUAUUAUCACCCCAUAAUUUGGCCAAGUUGUUAAGUGAAAGCACUGAAAAUCAGAAUGGUACGCUAAAGAAAUCUAAUUCUUGUGUUCAAACCAAUCAAUCGAGAUUUUCUUUUGCAAGACAAGAGGAAUCCAAAAUCCAAGCUUUUGAUGUGAAUCCAUCUCAUGGUGCCAACCAACAAUUUCUAAAAAGCGGUUCACUUAUCCAAGAUUUCGUAGAAACGGACAAGAUUGGUAUUGCAAAUGGCUUUCCUGCUACUAAUAACUUUGAGGAAUCUGAAAAUAUAAGUGGUCAAUUUGCUGCUUCUUUCAAUAAGAUUUCUGCUGUUCCAAAAACACAAAUUUCAGCGCCCCCAGGAUUUUCAGCUCCAAGCAGGCCACCACCUCCUGGUUUUUCUUCUCAUGAGAGAAUGGGGCAGGCUUUUGACUCAACUUCGGGGAAUUCAUUGCUUGACCCUUCUUUCUUAUGGAGAAAUUCAUAUCAGACACCAUCAACUGGGAAUUUUGGUGGUGCUGGAGACAUUGAGUUUAUGGAUCCUGCUAUUUUGGCUGUUGGUAAGGGGAGGCUUCAAGGUUCACUAAACAGCCCAAUGCUAGACAUGCAAUCCAAUUACUCCCCACAGUUAAAUUACUUUGAGAAUGAGGCCAGACUUCAGUUAUUAAUGCAAAGAUCUCUCUCACCACAACAAAACCAUCGAUUUUCGGAAAUUGGGAACACCUUUUCUCAUCUUGGUGAUUCUUAUGGCAUUUCUUCACGAAUAGAUCAAUCUCAAGUCAGUAAUUUGGCAUCAUUUCCUCAAUUGGCUCUCCAGCAGUCUAGAAAUGCGGUCUUGUCAAAUGGCAAUUGGGAUGGGUGGAAUGAGAUGCAGAAUGGAAAUAGUAUGGGUAUGGCUGAGCUUUUAAGAAAUGAAAGACUUGGGUUUAGUAAGUUUCAUAGAGGAUAUGAUGAUUCAAAAUACCAGAUGCCAAAUUCUGGGGAUCUAUACAACAGGACAUUUGGGAUUUGAAUUAGUUGGCUAUACUAUCUUUCUCAAUUUUUGCCAUGGCAAAGCUAAGGCACAAAUGGAAAAGCUCAAUCUUUCCAGCAUUGCUAAAGGUGGUCGAGCUGGCUCUCGACAUGAUUUGUCUAAUGGACUACCUAUGGCUAUGAUGAUACUCAAAAGAAAACUGCAACUGUUCUGGAUUUGGUGAAGCAAGCUGCGUGGGAUUUAAGAAAUCAACGAUGGAUUGGAACAAGAUCAUUAGCACAAAGACCUUAGUCAAGCGUUCUCUUUAUAAGUACAGACAAUGGAAACUUGAUGAUUGACAGUCAACUAUCAGCUCUACAUUUAUUAGUAUUGUAAUUUUCUUUACUGAACUUGUGGAUAUAAAUAGAGGUUUGGUGGGAAUAAUUCAAUGGUGAUAAUUUUGGCAGCAGCUUUGCAUCCUUCAUAUUUGAUAUUAAAUUUUUCACUUUUAACUAUUUAAAAUAAGGAAUUUAUUCUGAAUGUGUAAAACCCUAUUGUCACUUGGGAAAGGUCUAGUGUCUUCUUUUACGAAGAUCUUUUUUCCAAUGUUUCUCUUUUUUUAUGCAUAAUCAUUUUAAUGGCUGUUGAGCA